CGCGGAAGUUUUCGCCUGACGAGCACGCGUUUGCCAAAGACGGUGUAGAUACUUUACCAUUCUCUGGAGUCAGACCGAGAAACAACUGGCCUUUUAUUAUUUAAAAGUUGUCUUCAGGCCAACAUGGCGUCUUACACAUGCAUCAGCUGCCGGGUGGCCUUCGCGGAUGGCGAUGUCCAGCGUGCGCACUAUAAGAGCGACUGGCACCGCUACAACCUGAAGAGAAAGGUGGCGGACAUGCCGCCUGUCACCGCAGAGAACUUCCAGGAGCGCGUCAUGUCCCAGCGGGCCGCCGCCGAGCAGCAGCUAAGCGAGGCUGGCUCCGUUGAAGGCUGCGCCAUGUGCAACAAGAAGUUCUCCAGCGCCAACGCCUUCCAAAACCACCUACAGUCUCACAAGCACCAGCAGGCUGAGAGGCAAGCCCUGCUGGCCGCCCAGAGGGAGGUGGACAAGCUCAAUGAGAAGAACCUGGAAAAGGGGCUCGAUGCCCAGAAGGCGGACCACGACGCUCAGAACCAGGCCCUGCAGCAGGUCCUCAAGGAGCAGCUGAGGGCUGGGCAGGUCAAGACCAGCCAGGACGGGACGGCGAGGCGCAAGGUAGAGAAGUCGGAAAAACCUCCUAGACUGAUGUGGCUGGAGGAGCAGGCCAAGCGGAGGGAACGGGAAGACACAGCCGCCACAGAGGAAGAGGACUGGGAGGACAUGGACGAGGAUGAUGACGAUGAUGACGUGGAGGAUGAGGAAGAGGACAGCAUGGACCAGGAGGAAAAAGGAGAGCCACAGCGCUCCCCCGCUCUUCCCGGGUCUAUCCCUGUCACAGACUGUCUCUUCUGCUCGCAUCAUUCCAAGUCGCUGUUCAAGAACGUUGCCCACAUGACGCACGUCCACAGCUUCUUCAUCCCCGACCUUGACUUCCUGGUUGACCUUAAAGGCCUUGUUCGCUACCUGGGAGAGAAAGUUGGCGCAGGGAACGUGUGUUUAUGGUGCAACGAGAAGGGGCGCUCCUUUUACUCCACUGAUGCGGUUCAGAGUCACAUGACAGACAAAAGUCACUGCAAACUCUUCACAGAUGGCGACGCCGCUCUCGAGUUUGCUGACUUUUACGAUUUCAGGAGCAGCUACCCUGACAGUGAGGAGGGGCAGAAUGCUGACAUGGAGGGGGUGGAAGUUCCUGACGAAAACAACCUUCAAUAUGACGACGACACUUUGGAGCUCACCCUCCCGUCAGGUGCCAGGAUUGGCCAUCGCUCCCUCAUGAGAUACUACAAGCAGCGCUUUGGAACACAAAGGACGCUCGUGAGCCACAACAAGAACGCUGUGGGCCGCGUGCUGCGUCACUACAAAGCUAUUGGCUGGGGGGGCGACACAGGUAACUUUGGGUUGCGUCACAAGCAGGACAUGCAGUACGUGCAGAUGAUGAAGUCCAAGUGGCUGCUGAAGAUGGGAAUGAGUCACAACGCCACCAAACAGAAACACUUCAGAGUCCAAGUCAUGUUCUGAGGAUGCCAUGAAGGAACUUGAACUGUUGCAACCAGCAGAGAAUAUUUCACCAUGGAAACCAUUUCAAUGGACUAUAACCAUACUGAAGAGCUUUUUAUCAAAAUAAAAUGUGAUUCAGUGUCAUGAUUAAAUAGAAUAAAUGUUGUACUCAAGCUACUGAUGACAUUUGACUUCAUGAUGAAUUGACACAUUGUUUAUUGUCACAUAAAACAAACAAGGGACCCAUGUGACCAUCACCCAUAAGCAUAAAGGACAUAUGAAAUGUACAGCCAAGUGAUGAUAGAAUAUAUAUUUCAGUAUAAACAUUGCACAAAGAGUAGGAAAUGUACAGCAAGGCACUGUGGGAGGAACCUGAACACAUCUUUGAAUGGACCUGCCGCCCGCGGAGCUCCACUAACUUCUGAGUCCAAGCAUUCUGAAAACCUCUUUCUUUUUGACACCAGUAAAAAACAAUUGAUGCCAACAAGAAUUAAUGAUUGUUUAAUGGACAAAAGGUCUGUCUGGGCUGAAACCAGACCAGAACUUUUUUUGCUUGGUGUAAUAGUUUAUGUGCUUAAAGCUCCAGUUGGGCUGGGACACAUAAGAGCCAGAGGAAGUGUGUGUGUUUUAGCGUGUUUUUGAGCCGGCGCUUAUGUGGCUACCUUCGCUUGGUCAGUUGACCAAUGGAAAUGUUUGUGACAAACACAUCUAAUUUUCUUUUUACAUUCAAACUCUCACUAAAGUUGUUUUAGUGCUAAUAAGGAAGAGUUGUGUUUUAAAAUGACAAAUAUCCACACUGCAAAUACUAUUGUUUUCUUCGUCUUGUCCAAACUCCUGACUAGACCACAAUGACUGACUACUGCUCCCUGCUGAUGUGGAGGGUUACUGCAUCUCACAACACACACCAUGUUGCUUGGGGUCACCAGGCGCUGCAAUGGCUGCCGUGGCUGCUGACUGAUUGACAGUUGCUGUAACGCUUCUUGACCAUCAUGCUGACAUACGCCUUCAUCAGCUUGGCGAUGUCCAUCACCUGCAGGACAACAUAUUCAUUACCCACACCAAGACGCUUGUCAUUGUACUUUGAACACUACAAACAAUAAUUCUCAAAAGACUUUAGAGCUUCGUUCGCAUGAAGUAUUUCGACAAAAGAACAUCGUAGUAGUUAAUAGUAUUCAUCAUUGUGUACACACUUUUUUUUUUUAUUAGUGACGCAAAUUAAAUUUACCACAUUGUACAGUAAGUAGUUUAGUAGUGUACGUAUUACU